AUGAAGUCAAGUUUGUGGUCGGUGGCGUUUAUAUUCCUCCACAAUCACCUCGCGGACAACUGGCAGUCUCAAACUGCAGAAAAUGUGGUUUUGCAACACUUAGCACAGGAUAUCUACGUUUUCAGUGAGUACAAUCUUCCCAAUGGAUCAUGGGAGAAUGAUGAGUUUAGUGUAAUGGUGCAUUGUCCUGCAGGUGAUCCAGUUGUGAAUAUUGCUCAAGCCUCGUAA